AUGAAUUCAAUGUCGUUGGUUCGAACAGCGACGAUCGCUCUUAUUCUAAUCGUGUUUCUGCAAAACGCUGCGGCUCAGAAAAGACAGCAAAGUAUUGUCAAGUAUCGCGGUGCGGUUGCGACGGACGAUGGAAGGUGUUCUGAAAUCGGGAUGAGUGCUCUUCGUCGAGGAGGAAACGCGAUUGACGCGUCGGUAGCUGCUGCUCUCUGUUUGGGAGUUGUGAGUCCAGCUUCUAGCGGUAUAGGCGGUGGAGCGUUUACCUUGGUUCAAAUAGCUGGUGGGAAAGCGAUAGCUUAUGAUUCUAGAGAAACCGCUCCACUCCGCGCCACUGAGGAUAUGUAUGGAGGCAAUGCUGAUCUAAAGAAGAAAGGAGCCUUAUCAGUAGGAGUCCCCGGGGAAGUCGCAGGUCUAUUCACGGCUUGGAAACAGCAUGGAAAGCUACCAUGGAAGCAAUUAGUGUAUCCUGCAGAGAAACUCGCAGCUCAAGGAUUCAGGAUUUCAAAGUAUCUCUAUAUGCAGAUGAACGCAACUAGAGGCGAUAUCUUAGCAGACAAAGGUCUCUCUAAACUGUUUGUUUCAAAUGGAGAGCUCAAGAAACCAGGGACGGUUAUCCGUAACCCUAAAUUGGCUUUAACCUUGAGACAAAUCGGCAAGUAUGGUCCAAAAGCGUUUUACAAUGGCACAGUAGGGGUGAAACUAGCGAGAGACAUUCUUAAAUCCGGAGGGAUCAUAACUUUGAAAGAUCUGCAAAGUUAUAGAGUAAAGGUCAAAGAACCUUUAUCCGCAGACAUUCUCGGAUACAAACUACUCGGUAUGCCUCCUCCUUCAUCCGGUGGUGCUGCAAUGAUGCUUGUUUUGAACAUUCUUUCCCAAUAUGGGAUUCCAUCAGGUGUUUCAGGCUCUCUCGGCGUUCAUCGACUAAUCGAGGCCCUAAAACACGCUUUUGCGGUUAGAAUGAACCUUGGGGAUCCGGAUUUCGUCAAUGUUAGUAAGGUUGUUUCGGAUAUGUUGUCUCCAAAGUUUGCGCAAGACUUGAAGAAAAAGAUAAACGACGAGAAAACCUUUGAUACAAAAUAUUACGGCGGCAGGUGGAAUCAGAUCGAUGAUCAUGGGACUAGCCAUUUGUCGAUCAUAGAUAGCGAGAGGAAUGCUGUUUCGAUGACUAGUACGAUAAAUGGUUACUUUGGGGCAGUGAUGCUGUCUCCGAGCACCGGAAUUGUUCUCAACAACGAAAUGGACGAUUUCUCUAUCCCGAUGAAAUCCAACGGUGACGUAAAUGUGCCGCCACCGGCACCGGCUAACUUCAUCCGUCCAGGGAAACGACCUUUGUCCUCAAUGUCACCCACCAUUGUACUCAAGGACGGUAAAGUGAAAGCGUCACUGGGUGCGAGCGGAGGAGCGAACAUCAUUGCCGGGACUACAGAAGUUUAUUUGAAUCAUUUUUUUCUCAACAUGGAUCCACUUUCUUCCGUCUUGGCUCCAAGAAUUUACCAUCAGCUGAUACCAAACAGAGUUACGUAUGAAAAUUGGACGACGGUGUUUAGUGAUCAUUUCGAGAUCCCUAAAGAGACAAGAGUUGUGUUGGAGAAGAAAGGUCAUGUCCUAACGCCGAUCGCCGGUGGAACGAUUGCUCAGCUCAUAGUUCAAGAAUCCGGUGGAAAUUCCGGCGGAAGGAAUGAGCUUGUGGCGGUCAGUGAUCCAAGAAAAGGAGGGUUCCCUUCAGGAUAUUGA